AUGUUUAAAAUAUUCGUCAACGUUGCGGUUCAGUCUUUAAAGUCUGUUUUCCAGAUUUUGCGUCUGUUCCGUUCACGUGAUCUACCCAUCCAAGGGCUGUCCGCUAAGCGUAGGUGAAAUUUCGUAAAGUUCAAUAAAUUUGUGCAUUAAAUUCGUGGCAAUUCCGCAGUUUUGAACCAAAAAUUUCGCUAAUCAAUGAAUCAAAGUCGAAGCAACAACAGUAACCUGCUGGAUAAAUCCAGGGAUCAACAGUACCGUAACCACCAGGCCGACCCAGUUUUGACAAUUGAGAAACGGAUGCAGCAGGUGCCAGCAAUUACACCGCCUGUUACUCCCGCGGCAGAGAAUCGUCACGGUUUUGUCCAUACUCUCGACGGAACACGCUUGACCUCUGCCUAUGCCUCUGCGGAAAACAACCUCAAUAUGCUGGACGUAAGUGGCAACACGACCUAUUCAACCCGCGGAUACAGCUCGUCGUUGAUUCCUUCCGGGACGGCGACAGCAUUGGCAUCAGGUGCGGUUCUGCUUAACUGCACACGAACCGAUCGUGCUUGAGAUCGUGCUUUAACGGUUGGAGGUGCAGAUUGAAAUUGUUACUUUUUUGUCAAAUAAAUAAAAUAAAUUGCGAAAAUGACCAUUCUGAUUUCAAUUCAAUGUUUUUUUUUGUUACAAAUAAAUUCCAGGUCUUAUUUUCAAAAAAUGUCUGCAUUGUUUCAACAAAAACUUUACUUUGUUUCAACGAAAACCUGAUUUGAACGCACUUUCUGUCAAAUUUUGAUCAACAAAAUUGAGGGUAGAUUCAACUAAAAAAUAGCUUUGAAACAACAAAAUAUCUCGAUUUGAAACAACAAAAUGCGAGAGUUGAUUCAGUCCAAUAAUUUUGUUGAUUAUAUUCAACAA